AAGCGUCUGCUAAAUGGCAUAUUAUUAUUUAUUAUUAUUAUGAAACACAGCAAGUGACGAGCGUUUUACUUCCUGUAGUCCCAGCUGACACUUCCUGUAGUCCCAGCUAACACUUCCUGUAGUCCCCAGCUAACUCGGCUGUCACAUGAAGCUAGCUAUCCCGCUGGUAGACUUGCACUGAUAAAACAGGCACAACAAUGAGUUCGUCUGGAAACGGAGGAGUAUUGGAAGAAGAUAUGGACAAUCAAAUUGUACAGGCUGUGUGUGUAGAUGAUGGGAUAGGGGUGAUGUCGGGGUCGAUCGGGAUGUCAGACUUCUCCGAUGAGAUCUUGUUAAGUAUCCUGCGCUAUGUCUCGACCUCUGACCUGGUGAAUAACGUAUCCAGGACCUGCCGCAAGCUGCACACACUCUGCUACGACAAGACACUGCUGACCACGGUCACACUGUCUGAAGAAUACACGGCAAAUGACGGCGCUAUUCGCCAGGUGCUGAAGCAUCUAUCCAAUCACGUGCAGUCCCUCAGCCUGAGCGGCUGCUAUUGGCUGUCGGGUUCUACCAUCGACCGGCUGAUUGGCUGUCGCUCCCUGGUGCGUCUGGACCUUUCAGGGUGUCGCCUCACCUCCCUGCGUCUGUCCCGCCUCCUCUCCUCUCUCUCUCUCCUCCAGUCUCUUGCUUUUGACGUGGCGCCGGGCUUUGAUUCCGCCCAGCUGAGUGGGGAGGCCCGUGAUUCGCUGUCCCGGCUGUCAGAGCUGAGACAGACGGUCUUGACGCCCAGUUACGGCGUUGUCCCCUGCUGCUCCAGGCUCUUCAGUCUACAGCUGCAGCUGGACAUACCUGACGUCACCAGGGAAGGUUCCAGUGUGUGUUGCCAGCUGAUGAUUGGCCAGAGCAGUGUUCCUCACUACCAACAGCUGGAGGAGUUUACAGCCCGCCUGGCGCCUGGAGAGGUGAACCAGACUCUGCUCCUCCUCUACCUGGCUGUGUUCAGUGUUCGUGUUCCGGAGCGUCUCCGCUGCUUCCUGGUUUCAGUUCCUGGUCCAAACCCCGCCCACUGGCCUGCUGCGUCCUCAUUGGCCCAUAGCCUCUGUCAGCAUGGCGACCUGGAAGCCCUGCAGUUGCCUCGCUCCUGGUUGGACGCCACAUCGCUAGGCGGGUCCUUCUUAGCAACGCUCCCAAGCACCUCAACUUCUCCCGUUGCCCCCACGUUACGACAAACUGUCAUCCAAUCGCUGACUGGCGCCAGACCUCGCCAAACUCACGCACUCCUCCGCUCGCUGGCGCUGCCCGCCUGCGCCCUGUCGGACGGUCCCGCCGCACCCUCCCCUUCCCCGCCCCCUCCCUCCCCGCUGCUGGGGCUGAGGAAGCCGUCCCGCGUGGGGCUCCGGACCUACAGGCCGCGCUCUGAGGACUCUCUCCCCAGGGAGGGCGCCUCUUCCGGGCUGGGUACCCUGCUGGCUGGCUGCCCCUCUCUGGAGGUUCUGGAGUUAACAGGACCGGGCUUCGUCUCCGCCCUGCCGCGUCUCGAGCCCUGUGCCAGGGUGUGCGUGGAUCAGAGGGUGUGUGUGUGCGCGGGCGGGGUCGGGGACGCGCACGUUGCCGCGCUCCGGGGGUUCCGGGGGCUGCGGAGGCUGACGCUGGCGGGGUUGCCGGGGAUCCUGAAGGGGAACGGGCUGGUGCAGGUCUCUGAGCACUGCCGGGACCUGCAGGCUUUAUCACUGGCCAACCUGGGGUCCUUGAAGACCUGGAACUACAGCGCCGCCCUGCUGGAGACACUGAGGAACUGCACACAGCUCACAGAGCUACGGUUGGAGCAGCCCUACCUGGUGUGUAGCGGUGCAUUCUGGGAGGCGUUGUCAUGCUGCUCUCGUCUCUGCCGUCUCUGUCGCCUCUCGAACGGAACCUUCCACCCCGCUGCCGUGGUGACCUUCAUGGAGCGUUGCCGUGACGUCAUGGUGUGUCACAUGUUCUUGGGCGGAACUCUGGUGGCGUGCCGCACACGCAGAAAACACUAUCGUUUCUCUGUGGAGCGUCCGGCCCUCAGUGUGGUCAUCUACCCACUGCUCCAUGAAGACCUUCCAUUGGUCAUCAGAGACAUGCCCCUCCCACUGCUCGAUCAACUGACCCUCUUCCAGAGCCGCGUUGCCCAGGCCCCGCCCUCAUCACAAUGGCGACGCCAGAGUGUGAAGAGGCAACGAGCCAAUCAAAGCUCCUCAGACCUCAUCACCAUGGUGAUGCCAGAGGGUGAAGAGGCAUCUAGCCAAUCAGAGCACCUAAGACCUCAUCACCAUGGUGACGCCAGAGAGUGAAGAGGCAUCUGGCCAAUCAGAGCUCCUCAGACUAGAGGUCUUCACGGGUCCAUAAAAGUUAGACCCGUUCCGAAAUGGACCUGGGGCCCGGACCCAAAAUGCAUAAAUUAUUUUGUUUAAGAUAGAGACCCGAUCCGAACGGACCCGAGGAUAACUAGACCCGUUCUAUAUAGACCUGGUCGGAUCCAGACCUGAUCCAAGAGCGAGAAGAAGCAGAAAAUUAUUUUUUAACCUCCUUUAUUAAAUCAGAGCUGAUAAAAUGUGAGAGGAGGGAGAGAGAGGGAGA